AUGCCCCGUGUAGUCUCUCUAGUUUUGCUAUGCUCUUUGGUUUUCUACGUUUCAAGUGAUCAGAUUGUUCAAGGAGCUCUCGAGAAGAUAUUCCCAUAUGCGGCGGUGGCAAAGGUUAAGACGCUAACUACCAAUGUAAACAAGCAGACAGUGAUUGCCAAGACGAAGACAGUGGUGAAAAAUUGGAUUCCAGCGAAUUGGAAAGCAGCCAACGCCAAGGUCGACGCUAAAAACCCGCUCUCCAAACAAGCGUACGCACAGAAGAAGGCUCUAGCCUUCAUUGACUACCGUUUCUCUCUCAAAAAGUACAUCAACUACCUGUACAAUCAGGCGGUGAAAACAAAGUACUUGACAACACCGGAAGCUAAUAAUAUGCGCACAAUGUUCUGGGCUGCUGACGCCAAGGCACUCAACAACUAUACAGUAACCUGUCAGACAUUUAUGGUGGAGGCUAUGACGAAGAUCAAGAAGACACCAACUAUCCAGGAUAGUGUCACUGAUUUGACUGGAAAAUUCGCGGCGGCUAACCCGAAAGAUUAUGCUAAUUUGCAGUGGACAUUGUAA